AUGACAUCCGAACGAUAUAUCCAACUUACAAACAUCCAUCUGAUCCUCCCUUCCGGAGCAUUAUCCGCUUUAACAUCCCUUUACAUCGAUACCAACACUGGACUUAUCUGUUCCCCACCCUCGAGUUCUUCUGGUGUAGAUGAAAUUCUGACUAUCGAUCUGGAAGGACAUUGGGUCAGCCCGGGGAUGAUCGAUAUUCAGAUUAACGGUGCGUUCGGUAUUGAUUUAAGUGACUUUACCGAUGAGAAAACGUACGUCGAUGGAUUCAAGAAGAUGAGUGAGGGGUUAUGUAAGAUUGGAGUAACGGGUUUUCUACCUACGAUUAUUUCCCAAACGAAAGAGAAUUAUCACUCGAUCUUACCUCUCCUCCGCACUUUAUCAUCAUCUACUUCGCUCGACUCUAAGGAGCGCCACAGUAGGUCAUUAGGAUAUCACCUCGAAGGACCGUUCAUUCAUCCAAGGAAGUCAGGCUGUCAUCCUACUUCGAACCUGAUUACUGCUCCUAAGGGGCUACACUCAUUGGUCGAGACAUAUGGUGAAGACAGUUUCGUAAGAAGAAAUGAAGAUUCAUUAGUUAAAAUGAUUACGGUCGCUCCUGACGUUGAAGGUAUAUUGGAGGUUAUUCCCGGACUGGUAGAGAGGGGAUGGAAAGUAAGUUUGGGACAUACUAACGCUUCUACCGAACAAGCUCUUCAAGGAGUGGCUAAUGGAGCUACUUUGCUCACUCACUUGUUCAACGCUAUGCCUCCAAUGCAUCACAGAGAGCCAGGUCUAAUUGGGUUACUUGGCUUACCACCCACUUCCUCGAGUGGACAAACUGUCAGACCAAGUAUAGCACAGAGAGUGUACUCUGUCGCUCCUACGCCCAAGACCAUUUCUGAAGUCCCAACAAGGGUACCUUCGCCAGUCCAGGAGACUGAGCAAAACCCUGUGCAAGUGGACACCUGCUGUGGCGAUAAUGGCACCAAGACAUGUGCCGGAGGUAAGAUGGGGUGCAAAGCAAAAGACCUCUCAGUGAACACUGAUAGAUGCGUCAAUGGGGGUUGCGAAGACGAAACUUGCGAUUAUGUCUAUAUCCAUUCUGGGAAGAAACCCAAGAAUCACCUGAAUUUCAGCUUGAAGUUUGACGACUUAAGUGUACAAGCUAAUGAUGGAAGAGACACCUCUUCACCUGAAUCCAGCGACUCAGCUCGAUCGGAUGGUGAUCCUCGUUUAAUUCAACUUUCAGAAGGAGGAGAUGAACAAGAUGGAUCCAUCGUCAAAAGACCAUAUUUCUCAAUUAUAGCUGAUGGCAUCCACGUCCAUCCCCAGGCUGUAUGUAUGGCUUAUAACGCUCAUCCGGAUGGAUGUAUAUUAGUUUCCGAUGCAAUGCACAUGCUCGAUCCAUCACUUGCCGACGGUGUACAUCCAUGGCGAGACCAACAUAUCGAAAAGCGCAAUGGAGGAAUUACCUUAGCUGGCACAGAUACAUUAGCAGGAUCGAUCUUACCCCUUCCUCAAGCUGUUCUCAACCUCUCAAACUCUGGUAUACCUCUUUCCAAAGCGGUGGUCUGCGCUACGUAUACACCUGCUAAAGCACUCGGUGGGGAGGUUGAGAAUAUGAUAGGGCUGAGUGUGGGUUGUUGGGCCGAUUUGUGUAUUUGGGAUGGAAAGGGGUUGAAGGGAGUUUGGAAGGGUGGGAAAGAAGUCUGGUAUGAAGGUUGA